AUCGUCAAACCCUAACACUCUUAACUCCAAAAAAGAAGAAAACUAAACCACAAUAUAUAUCCAAAUUAAAUCCUUUGUACGUAGAGACUGCAACUUAUUUAAUUAAUGGCGAAAGAAGGAGGUUACAUGACGGUGGCGGCGGAAGAGAUGGAGGAGUUACGGAGGAGGAGCAGAGAACUCGAGAGAGAAGUAGAGGAGAUGAAGACGGCUAUGUUGGAGUUGUGGCGGCGGACGGUUAUGGCAGAAGAGGCAGAGGAGAGACUUUGCUCGCAGCUAGCGGAGCUGGAGGUAGAGUCUCUAGAUCAGGCUCGUGACUAUCACGAUCGUGUGGUCUUCCUCAUGGAUCAAAUCUCACGUCUCUCUUCUUUAUCGAUCGUUUCCUCGUAGAUUUUACUUAUACGACUGUUACUUGUAUAUUGUUGUGGAUGUGUACUGCAGAGUACAGAUCCGUCUAAGGAUUAUAUGUAUAUGAACGGAUCUAUGUGGACAAAUCUUAUGUUUUCAACGAGCAAUUGUUAUUGAAAUAUUAUUUCUGAUACUUUA